AUGGGUUCCUUUAUGCAUUCUUGCGAGGGCGAGAUGGUCUGCGAGUCGAUCAACCCAAAAAUCCCAUACUUCAACGCGCCGAUAUAUUUGGAAAACAAGACACCUGUUGGGAAAGUCGAUGAAGUUCUCGGGCCAAUCAAUCAGGUCUACUUUACGAUCAAGCCUCAGGAAGGAAUUGUCCCUACAUCCUUCAAAACGGGUGACAAAUUCUAUAUUGGAGGAGACAAGCUACUACCAUUGGAGAAGUUCCUUCCAAAGCCCAAACCACCACCGGGUGCGCCAAAGCCAAAGAAGAUCGGAGGCGCAGGGCGAGGGGGCCCGAUGCGCGGCGGCGGACGAGGUGCUCCCCGGGGACGAGGAGGUUUCUCCUCCCGGGGUGGCAGUGGAAUGCGCGGUGGUGGACGAGGUGGCAGCGGCGGCUUUGCGCCCCGUGGAGGCUCCCGAGGAGGUUUCUCUCGAGGAGGGUUCCGUGGACGAGGUUAA